UGUCUGCUUUUGAUAAUGUCGACAUAAUGUCGAGGGUAUGUCGACAUAAUGUCGACAUGUUUGUUUUGAAAUUUUUGUGUGCUUACUGUUAGAUAAUGUCGACUGAAUAUCGACAUGAUGUCGAUGUUAUGUCGACCAUUUUAAAUUUUUUUAGCAGCUUUAUUUAUUUGUUUUUUUGUUUUUUCAGAUGGCUCCCAGACUCAUUAUUCCAGCACCCGAGCAUUUCACUGGCCGCGUCACAUAUAGGGGCAAUGGAAUUUUUGCAAAAAUUAAAGCUCGGUUUGAGGAGUUCAACCUUAAUAACACGGCGAAGGAAAGCCGUUUCGGGAGCUUCUGGAAUGCCGUACCACUGACAUUCUCCUCGGUGUUAUUUCACCAGCUGAUGCUCCACAAAAUGAAAGUGGAUGCUCAGGAGGAGUUGAGGAUGAGGUUUUAUGUUGGUCGGAAGGAGGUCCGAUUCGAGUGCCGGAGUUUGCACUCAUUACGGGUUUGGACUUCUCCUCGGGGCCAACAGAAGAGGAGAAGGCUGCGCAGGUCGCGCGCUCGGGGUCAGACCGAUUGAUCAACAAAUAUUUCAACCGGUCUGAUAGUGUGAAGACAGAAGCACUCCAACUUCAGUUCACAAACUGCCAGAACCCGGAAGACUUGUACAAGCUCGGCUUGUGCUUGUUUGUGGAGUCAGUGCUUCUGGGCCGCGAGGCCAACGCGCUGAUCACGCCUCACAUACUUAGAUAUGUGGAAGACCUCGAGUUCUUCUUCCGGAUUCCUUGGGGGAAGCACUCAUUCGCCAGACUCAUGCACUCGCUUCAGAAAGACAUGUUGAAACAGAAGGCCAACUACGAGAAGAAGCUGAGUUCGGAUGUUCAGCACGAGUGCAAAUACAUAGCAUAUGGCUUCGCACCUGCAGUCCAAUAUUGGGCGUACGAGGCCAUUUUGGAGGUUGGCAAGAGGUAUGGCACGAACCACGGGAUUCGGUUCCCCAGGAUGCUUAGCUGGACGAGCAAAGGCGAUAUUGGGAAGAAAGACGUCAGCGCAUUAUUUUCUAGACGGAAUCUGGAAGUGGUGAAGGGGCUACUUCCACGGACAGAGGAGGAGGCAUUUGUGAGGACAAUAUCUUACGAUGGUGUGGAGAACCUGGUUGAUGAUGUUGUGGAUGACACAGAGGCUGAGGCAGGUAGUCAGGUACCAGAGACUCAGGUCCCAGACACUCAGGAAAGAGACACUCAGGUACCAAUUUCUGGAACUUUUUUUUAUGUCUUUAUUUUUUAUUAUUUUUUUUAUAUAGUGGAGGGUAUAUCGUAUGCUUACCGUAUUUUUUUGAUAUAUAUUUUUUCAGGCCACUGGUUUGAAACCUCAGCCCAGUGCACCAUCUGCAUCAGGCGUUCGGGGUGCCGAGUACACUGA